AUGUCCAGAGUCCUGCCGGUUGCUCAGGAACUUGAAGAGUUCUGGUCGCACGAGAAGGAGACCGCCUGGUACCGUGCGCACCCUAUCUUUAAGGAAACAGAGCCGUCCCAUGUAAUUCCAUUGCGGAUCUUUGGCGAUGGUGCUGAAAGUCAGAGAAAGCAAAAGUUCGAACUAAUCAGUUUGGUCUUGCCGCUGGCCACCUCAUCGGCGACGAUGGACACGAGGAUAAUGCUCUCAUGCAUGAGCGCCACCUACUGCAAUGAAGACUCACGGAAAAAAAUUCUGGAAGCUAUCUGCUGGAGUUUCCAAGCCCUAUGUGAUGGACGCUUUCCUACGCAUGACCCAUGGGGCAAAGAGUUCACGAAGAACUACAACAAGGAUCGCUGGAAACUGGGUGGACAGAAAAUUGCCGGCCCUUUCAAAGGGUGUUUAGAAGGAAUUCAAGGUGAUCAGGAUUAUGUGAGGGCCAUGAUGACUCCAGCACGUUUUUUCUCAAAGCAGAUGUGCUGUUAUUAUUGCAGGGCCCUGUCUUGGGUGUACACAUCGAGCAAUCCCCAAGAUGUUGAACUCCUCUACACAAACUUCGGGGAGCAUGCAGCCCAUAGAAACACGUUGGUGUCUUUGGAGGAAUGGCUUGACAUCAGCACUGUCUCCCCCAUUUGCAGCAUACCAGGAUGGUCACCAUGGCGAAUACUACCCGACCAAAUGCACCUUGUGCAUUUGACCAUCGCCCCGGACUCCAUCGUAAGCUGUCUACUGGAUUGGACGGAUUCUUACAAAUAUGUUGCUGGUUCAACUCGCAAUGAAAGAUUGACUGAAUUGUGGGAGAACUACCGCAGUUACUGUGAAGAAAAUGGCAUUGGUGACCGGGCCCAGAGAAAGUUAUUUUCUGUCCAGACCUUGACUCCGGAUGCCCCUGGCUUUGUUGAAAUUUCCCAGAAAAAACUCAAUGCUACUGCAGCGCGUUACAUGAUUUUCUGGCUGGCCAAUGUGGCUAAAUCUUUUGCUUUGGUCCACGGAGCGGACGAUGACAUGUAUCGUGCAGGGGUUGCCUGCGGCCUGGCUGAGAUGGAAACAGUUUGUUUGGAAGGAAGCCGGCGCUUCAGCGAACAAGAGUGGAAACAACUGGAAGAGGGCUACCUGUGUUACAGGGCGGCCUACGACAAGUUGGCGAAUUUAGCAAUUUCGAGCUGUUUGCCUAGAUGGCACAUUCGUCCAAAGUGCCACUACCUAGAGCACGCUGUGUAUGACUUCAAUCGAAAGAAUCUGAGAUACAUGAGCAAUUACUUGGACGAAGACAUGAUUCGUCGCAUAAAGAGGAUGGCAUGUGCUGCCAACCCCAGAUGUGUUUCCAAACAUGUUUUGUACAGAUACUGUGUUGCAGCGACUCUCAAGUGGAGCGGCAUGAUCCAGUGA